AUGGCUGUGACUUCGCGACGGCCGGUGAAAUCAGGUCACGCGACCCCAACCCCGAGCCCCCCUAGAUCCACGACGACGACUUCCUCAAGACCGACCACGCCUACGAGCCCUGUGCAGAUACCAAUCAAAUCCAAGAGAGACACCGCCAACCCCCCAAAACAACGCAACCACCGGUAUCAUGACCAACGGCGGCACCGUUCCAGCUCACCCCGGUGGGGGGAGUUGCACUCCCCCGAUGCGAUUCCGCCUUCGGUGGCUGCGCUCCUCGCAGUCACUGCUAUCCCCCCGCCCAGAAACCAGCGCGCUCAACGGCAGCGCGCGGUCAAGGACAAGGAGAAGCGCAUGACUGUCGAAUCAAUACUGCAGAGCCAGGAAUCCGAGAAGGAACUGAGUCUCAACUUCAUCAAAGGACCCCUGGAUGUUUUGCUGAGUCCGCCCGAAGAUGUGGAGGACGAUGACAUGUCCAUCGGAGAGAGCACCAUCGCAUCCCCCCUCUCGACCAGAACCGUCUCGUACGAAUCCGUGCAAUCGAUGCCUUCAUUGACCGAUUCUUUCUCGACUGACACCAUGUCAUCUGUCGGGACACCUCAGAGUCCAAUCAGGGGCCGAAGAAUGCAGCCCACGAGGAGGUCGCUGACGCCGGUGUCCUCGCCACCUGGGAAAAGAGAAGAGCACCCGUUAUCAUUAGACGAGGAGACAGAUGAGCUAGACUUCAGCGUAUUCGACGCUUCUCCUGAGACAGAAGAGAAGAAGGGGGGGAUGAGGCUAGCCUUCCGGCCUUUCAGAUCCGCCUUCAAAUCCAACUUGACCUCCAGCUUGCGCGCCCUUCGAAACGCUGCGCGCUCCUUUGGGAGCAUGAACAUGCCAUCGAUCCCGCCCGAAGACUUCCUCACCCGCUCGAUACUUACCAUGGAGCCUAAUGUGCCUUUCACGGACGAGCGCAUGCCACCAACCCUAGAUGAAGAACCAUCCGCAGCUGUGCGGAGAUAUCUGAACCCGACUCAAACGGCUCGACUAGAAUCACAGGCAUCGGCAUCUUCUCAGAAGGCACACAGCACGUUCACGGCUUCAAUCCAGAUGCAGACCUACAAGGUACACCGAUCGAGAAGUGCGCCGUCAGGCUCCCGGAGCCAAAAUGCCGCGCCGCGUUCCUCAAAUGGGAACCAGUCAACACGAGGCAAAGAAGCGGGUUUCUCGUUCUCCCCCGGACCACGACAGCGUGAAAUGCGGGAAAAUUCCGACUUUAUCCGCAUCGCCGUGAUGGAGAUGGCCAUGCGCAGGAGCGGCAAGUUGGACGAGCAACGCCCUGGCCGAGCCCGGUGGGCACUUCCUCCCAGGAAGACGAGCACGAAGCCGUAUGAGACUGGAGUCGAUGGCGUUCCGACACGAUGGGUCUCGGUGACGUACUGA